CUCACGGAGUGAACCAUGGUACAGAGAGACAAAGUCGCAACAAGCGUUUGUAGACACAGCAGUGGAGAAAUGAAUUUGAUCAUUACGUUCCUUCAUGUGACAAUGGUGUCAGUCUUUUCUGGUGGUUCAGCUGAAGUUGUGAGUGAUUUUCGGGGGAAAUGUGCUGAAUUUUUUGCAAAUGGAAUUUCACCAACAAUACUACCUGAACCUCAGUACAAAAAAAUCUGCCAAACUUUAAAGGGAAAGGUUCAUUACGCCACACUUUACAACACUUACAAGAAGAUUCCAGUCUACUCAGCCUACAAGUUUAACAAGCGCAUUAGUUGUGAAAGAAAAAAGUCAUGGUGCAUCGAACCUCAACUUGAUGAUGCAGGAGAAGGACCAAAUAUGGUACCUGAGCCUUUCAGACAAUCAGACAACCAAGCUGUUAGUGAUGAUUAUAAGGACUCUGGCUACGACAAAGGUCAUCUGGCACCAGUCUUCCUGGCAGGCUCACAGGGCUGUGCUGAUGCCACCUUCACACUCACCAAUGCUGCUCCACAAAACCCCAGUUUUAAUAGAGGUCAAUGGAGGAUACUAGAAGAAAAAAUUGCAAAAGAACUAAACGAGCGAUGUCUGUUAAAAAAGAACACUGCUUACAUUGUAACAGGGGUGGUACCACGUAGACGUAAAAUACCUAGAAUAUUGAAUGUGCCUAGUCAUUUCUGGACUGCAUACUGCUGUUUAGACCAUAAUAAGGAAUGUCAUAUCUCAAGAGGAUUUAUUGGGGAGAACAAGAAUGUUACUCCCAACAACAUAACAGUGAAUGAAUUAGAAAGAAUGUUGGAAAAGCUUUAUAAAGUCACAUCUUUUAAAUUGUUUAAUACACAAACCAACUAACAUAAAAAACAACAUCAGCUGUAUUAUCUGUUGACAGAUUUUAAAGAGCACUUUUAAAAAUAAAGGUUCUUUAUUGGCAUUGAUGAUAGAACAUUUAACAGCAUGGAACCUUUCCAUUGCACA